AUGACUGACACAAACGAGGCAAAUAGCCAAUCUGAAAAGGAUAAGAAGAUUGAGAAUUGGCUUCCGAUCACAUCAUCAAGGAAUGCCAAAUGGUGGUUUUCUGCUUUCCACAAUGUCACUGCCAUGGUAGGAGCUGGUGUUCUCAGCCUUCCUUAUGCCAUGUCAGAGCUUGGAUGGGGUCCUGGGGUGGUUAUCCUUAUUCUUUCAUGGAUAAUCACUUUAUACACGCUAUGGCAAAUGGUGGAAAUGCAUGAGAUGGUGCCUGGGAAGAGGUUUGACAGGUACCAUGAGUUGGGCCAGCAUGCCUUUGGUGAAAAGCUAGGGCUUUGGAUUGUUGUGCCCCAACAGUUGGUGGUGGAAGUUGGUGUCAACAUUGUCUACAUGGUCACAGGAGGCAAAUCCAUGAAGAAGGCCCAUGAAACGAUUUUCCCUAACAUACCACACAUGAAGACCUCCUACUGGAUUGUAUUCUUUGCUUGUAUUCACUUUGUUCUCGCUCAUCUCCCCAACUUCCACUCCAUCCGUGGCGUCUCUUUCCUCGCAGCCAUCAUGUCCUUGAGUUACUCAACAAUUGCAUGGGUUGCUUCACUUGACAAGGGAGUUCAAGAUGAUGUGGAUUACAGUUACAGAUCUAGCACUCAAGCUGGUACUGCAUUGAACUUCUUUGCCGGAUUGGGAGAAGUGGCAUUCGCAUACGCCGGUCACAAUGUGGUUCUGGAGAUCCAAGCUACAAUUCCCUCUACACCAGAGAAGCCUUCCAAGGGACCUAUGUGGAAAGGGGUCAUGGUGGCCUAUAUAGUGGUGGCUUUGUGUUACUUCCCUGUUGCUCUAAUUGGUUACUACAUUUUUGGAAACAAGGUUGAUGAUAACAUCCUCAUCACGCUCGAGCAACCCGCCUGGCUUAUUGCGGCAGCCAACAUUUUUGUUGUUGUCCAUGUCAUUGGAAGCUACCAGAUAUAUGCAAUGCCAGUGUUUGACAUGAUUGAGACCGUGUUGGUGAAGAAGCUCGAUUUCAAACCUUGUUUCAGGCUUCGCUUCAUUACUCGCACCCUCUACGUUGCAUUGACGAUGAUCAUAGCCAUAUCCAUCCCUUUCUUCGGCGGACUCCUAGGAUUUUUCGGAGGAUUUGCUUUUGCCCCAACAACAUACUUUCUUCCCUGCAUCAUGUGGCUCGCGAUCUACAAACCAAAGAGGUUCAGCUUAUCUUGGUUCGCAAACUGGAUUUGCAUUAUCCUUGGACUAAUGUUGAUGGUUCUAGCGCCCAUCGGUGCGCUGAGGACUAUCAUUUUGAACGCGAAGAGCUACAAAUUCUUCUCAUGA